AUGGCUUCUAGUUAUUUUGUUCACACUCUCAUCUCUCUAUUCAUUACACCAUUAGUUCUUAUUGCAUUCUUUGCCUUUUUCCCCUUCUUUUGCAUCUUUAGGAUCAUCCUUUUUCUAUGUAGGCUUGUGGUGAGUGAAAACAUGAAAGGAAAAGUUGUUCUUAUCACCGGCGCUUCAUCAGGAAUUGGAGAGGAAUUGGCUUAUGAAUAUGCAAGAAGAGGUUGUUCAUUAGCAAUUGUGGCGAGAAGGGAGAAGAAGCUUUGGAAAGUAGCUGAGAAGGCAAAGAGUUUAGGGUGUCUAGAUGUCAUAUCAAUCAGAGCUGAUGUAUCCAACGUUCAACACUGCAAACGAUUUGUAGAUCAAACUGUGAAACACUUCGGCCGCUUGGAUCAUCUCGUCAACAAUGCUGGAAUCAUAUCUUUGUGCUCUAUCAAUGAUGUGACGGACAUUACCAUGUUUACAUCUCUUAUGGAUAUCAACUUCUGGGGGUCUGUUUACCCAACAUAUGUUACAAUUCCUCAUCUUAAGAAGACAAGAGGGAAAGUGUUUGUCAAUUCUUCAUCUGGUGCAAUUUUUCACCCACCGUCUAUAAGUUUCUAUACUGCGAGUAAAGCUGCACUAAUAAGCUUUUAUGAGACUAUGAGAGUGGAAUUGGCUCCGGAAAUCUCAAUUACUAUUGCAACGCUAGGUUACACCGACUCUGAAAUAUUGGGAGGAAAACACUUGAAGGAUGGUGUCAUGCAAAUUAACUCACAGCUAUUUAGUGAUGCUACUGUUCUUCCAGUUAUCAGUUGUAGUGACUGUGCAAAAUCAAUUAUCAGUGCAAUAUGUCGAAAAGAACGAUAUAUUACAGAGCCAAAAUAUAUUAGCGUGCUCUUCUUCGUUAAAAGUCCGCUGCCGACCAGCGGCCACCGCGAACAGCAGCAACUGAUCAGUGACCAGCGGCAGCCCACCAGUCAGCGUCUCAACAAUCAGUGA